AUGAAAAUAUGUAGCAAUGGUGCAUUGAGUGUUGUUCAACAAUUUCUAACUAGAAAUGAUUACAAUUUAAAAUGGAAAUAUGGCACACCACAAUCGGUGAAAUGGAUUACAAUUCAUAAUACAGCUAAUAAAGCAUCAGCUCAAAACGAAGCUACCUAUUUGAAUAAUCGUCAAGAUAAUACCUAUAUUAGUUUUCAUUAUGUGGUUGAUGAUAUUCAAGCACUUCAUCUACUUCCAGACAAUACAAAUGGAUGGCAUGCGGGCGAUGGACAAGGUGAAGGUAAUCGUGCAUCAGUAGCAAUUGAAAUUGCUUAUUCAACCGCCGACGAUAUUGGUCUACGAAAUCGAGCUUUGGAAAAUGGUGCAAGAUUGGCUGCGAGAUUAUUAAGAAAUUAUAACUUCGGUACUGAUCGUCUUCGAAAACAUCAAGAUUGGAGUGGCAAGCGUUGUCCACAUGAUAUAUUAGAUCGUUAUGGUUGGCAAAAUUUUGUUAAUUUAGUUCAACAAAAAUUGAAUAGUGGUGACAUGUAA